AUGCCAUCAUCGACUGAUUAUUACGGAGUUCUAGAUAGUUCAACAGAUAGUUCAGCUGCUUUUAAACCAGGAACGCUACGCCUUCAUCAAAAUCAAGACUCAAGGAAAACACAGGCAUAUCAGUUUGAUAUUGUGUAUCGAAAUACCAAGGAACACGGUAAUGCUGACUGCCUGUCGCGCCUACCUCUUAAGUCCGAAGAUUUAAGCAUUAAGGAUGAUGUUGAAAUAUUCCAACUCUCCCAAAUUGAAACUCUUCCGGUAACAGCUAGGAAGAUAGCUCGGGAAACGCGAGCUGAUGAAGAAUUAAAUAGUCUUUAUAUGAAAUUAAAAUCUGGAGAAAGUUUGGAAGGUAGGGAAGCAGAGUACACCUUACAAGAUGACUGUAUAAUGAGUGGUCAGAGGGUAGUUGUUCCGAAAAAACUCCGAGUUAAAAUUCUCGAAGAGUUACACCAAGGACAUUUAGGAAUCGUUAAAAUGAAGGCAAUCGCCAGAUCCUACGUCUUUUGGAAGGGAAUUGAUCAUGAUAUUGAAGAAGUUUCUAGGAACUGUGUCGAUUGUAUUAAGUUCAAAUCAGAUCCAGUAAGGGCAAGGGUCCAUCACUGGGAAUAUCCAAGUGCGCCUUGGGAACGCAUUCACACAAUUGAAUGUUUGAGAGACUGUUUUGCAAGAUACGGACUGCCUUUAGUAGUAGUGAGUGACAAUGGUCCUCAGUUCACAUCGGGGGAAUUUGAAACUUUUAUAAGGAAUAAUGGAAUUAAACACAAAACGUGUGCUCCAUUUAAACCAGCAAGUAACGGGCAAGCAGAGCGGUACGUUUACACCGUUAAACAAGCAUUACGUGCAAUGCAAGGUUAUCCAGGAAAUAUUAAGCAAAAACUUGCCAUAUUCCUCAUGAAUUAUAGAAAGGCACCGAACAUGACAACCUUGUUAAGUCCAGCAAUGUUAUUCUUAAAAAGAGAAAUUAGAACUCGAAUUGAUUUAGUUGUUCCAAAUCUUAGACGAAGAGUGGAAGAACGCAUCCGAAGGAAUACUUAUUGA